AGUCUAAUGCUACGCUGUGUAAGCUGCAUACAUUAGCUUUGUCAUUUGGGAUCGUAAGAUUAAGUAAAUUUUAUUUUUUAAAUCGUCGCAAAAAUGUCCUUGCUAGGUUUGCUAUCAAUAUUACUCCUAGCAACUGCUACCAAUGGAAAAGGCGGGAAGGAACAUAGUAAGUUGUCGUACAAAGUCGAGGCUGUGCCCAACUCUUAUGGUGAACAUGGUGAAGGUCCUCACUGGGAUAUUGAGAGUCAGAGCCUCUACUACGUAGAUAUUGAAGCGGGGAAACUAUUGCGCUACGACUAUCAGGAGAAUAAAGUUUACAAAUCUAAAAUCGAAGGCGAGGAUCUUGCUUCCUUUGUCAUUCCCAUCGAGGGUCAAAAUGGCAAGUUUAUUGUUGGAGCAGCACGUCGGGCGAUAAUUGUGGAUUGGGAUGGUGUCUCUAAUACAAGCAAAGUGGAUAGCGUACUCUUUGAAGUGGAAGCCGGAGAAAAAUAUGCUGGUAAUCGUUUCAAUGAUGCUAAAGUCGACCCACGGGGCCGCUUCUUUGGCGGCACGAUGCAAUAUAUUGGAAAUGAUACAUAUCCUUUGGCGGCAUUAUACAAGUACGAUAAAGGCAAUGUUUCUACGGUAAAAAAAGAUGUAGGUAUUUCCAAUGGCUUGGCUUGGAACGAGAAGUUGAAGAAAUUCUAUUAUAUUGACACUGACACCUAUGAAGUGAACGCAUACGAUUACAACUUCGAUACUGGCGUGCCAAGUAAUCCUAAAGUUAUAUUCGAUUUACACGGGGCAAAACCUGAAGACGAUUUGCUGCCUGAUGGUAUGACUAUUGACAGUGAAGGCAACCUCUACGUCGCCACAUACAACGGUCACACUGUUUACAAGGUCAACCCAAGUACCGGUGAAGUUCUUUUGGCAAUUAAGUUACCUACCAAACAAAUCACUUCAGCUGCUUGGGGUGGCCCCAAUCUUGACAUAUUGUACGUGACCACUUCGGCGAUAAAUGACCAACCCGCACCGGCUGGUACCACCUUCAAAGUCACUGGUUUAGGCGCUAAAGGUUUGCCAAUGUCAAAGCUUCGACUUUAAUUGUGUGCCUUGCGAUCAGAGUUGCCAGAUUCUUUUCUCAAAAAACUGUAAAUUAAAAAAAAAAACUGUAUUUUCGGCCAAAAAACUGUUACUUUCAAAACGGAAAGUGUUUUUGAAAAAAUAAGGGUUUUAAGUUAUUAAACAUAACUACCAAAACAAUAUUUAUUUAAACGAAAAUAACAUCAACCGUUUAAAUUAAACUUAACAAUU